AUGGGAGUACUUGACUUUCCAUGUGAGUCCUGUGGGAAACAAUUACCAUAUUCCGAACUCACCCACCAUGUUUGUAAUAAUAAUAACAACAGCGUUGCAAAGAAAAUAACCAUUCUGGAUCAUUCUGAUUCCGAUGGGGUGGAGAUCCUUGAAGAAUCGAGGCCAUCGAAAAAGAAUGUGUUUAGCUCUUUGGGACUACGACAAUGGAGUGGCCAGCCAUCGGCUUCCAGAAAAAACUCCAAGAAGAAAAGAUUAUCAUUACCAUCAACAUUUUCUGCCAGUCAGACAGACCGAUCAAAUAGUAUUUUUUCUGAAGACCUUGGCGAUGGCGAUGGUGGAAAACCCAAGGUGAGUGCCAAAGAGGGCCUUAAGAAUUUGGGGCUUGAUAUGGAAUGGAAUUCCGCGAAAAAGCGUAGAGUUAAGGCCCCGCCACUUGAAGAUUCGGACAAGGGGAAUUUCCAACCCACCAACCAAUCGACGUAUUAUGACAAAUUGGAUCAUUUGGUCGAUGAACAAACCAUCAAGCUCAAGAAAUUGAAACAUGAUUCACGGUAUCCACUCUCGGAAAUUUUAAGACCCAAAGAAUUGAAAGACUACGUGGGGCAUACCGAUAUCGUUGGCCCAGGCGGGAUCAUCACAAAAUAUAUCCAUACCGGGAUGAUUCCCUCGAUGAUUUUUUGGGGGGAAACAGGGAUUGGUAAAACUACAUUGGUACGAUUGAUCUUAACGGAAAUUAAAAACAGCGAGUUCGCGAAAUUCUACCAAAUCAACGAAUUGAGUGCGGUGUCGUCUAAUCUUGGGGAAUUGAAAGUCAUUUAUGAAAAAUUCAAAAAAUUGAAACUAUUGAACCCUCAUUUGAAAAUGAUCUUAUUUCUUGAUGAAAUCCACCGGUUUUCAAAAUUGCAGCAAGAUUUCUUUUUGAAUUUAAUCGAAAGCAGUGAAAUGAUUUUCUUUGGCUGCACUACCGAAAACCCCUCGUACAAGAUCAACGAUGCAAUGUUAUCCCGGUGCCAGAUGUUUAACCUCGAGAAACCGACCCCAAAAGACUUGUUAGUAGUGAUUAAUAAUGGGCUAAUAUAUAUUAACAAGGUGCGGAUCUCAUUAUAUAAACAGAAACCGUUAGUGCCCACCAAGGCAGCGAAAGGAUAUCUUUCAGAAGUGUGCGAUGGAGAUUAUCGAGUGAUUUUGAACUCUUUGGAAGCCAUUAGUAGCCACUAUACGGAUUAUUUAAGUGAUAUCGAAAGACAGGAGGCUGGAGAAGGAGUUGAUAAUGAUGAUGAUGCUGAUGAUGAUGGUAAUCAGGUGAAAAGGAAGAAGAUCCCCAUUGAGUUGUCACAAAUGAAAGAUUUUUUGAAAUCCAUCGUGGUGCGAUCAAAUACUCGGAUCCAACAACGAGAUUUGUUUUCCGCAUUAUCUAAAUGUAUCAUUGGUGGCGAUGCUAAUGCGGCCAUCAUAUAUUUGGCGUAUUUAUUCCAAGAAAACGCUGAUCCGUUAGAAAUUGCCAAUUUCCUCCAAGAAAUCUUGAUGAAUGAAUUCGACGAAUCGGAAAAAUUCAAACAACUGACCUUGUUAGAAUUCGGUAACACUGUAUAUUACGUGAUCACCAAACUUGGGCUCCCGGAAUGUGAUAUGGCGUUAGUACAGUACACUUAUAUGCUUUGUGAAUCGAUGAAAUCGCGAAAAAUUGAUAGGACCACAGAAAAUGUCCAAAAAUUUUUCAAUGACAACCCUACUUCUUUAGGGUUAUCUAUUCCCAUGCACAUUAGGAACGCCCCCACUGAUCUCAUGGUGGAAUUGGGGUAUCAUAAGGGAUAUAAGUACAACCCUGAUUUUACUGAUGGUAAAGCCAAACAGUACUAUUUGCCGAAAGGGAUCAGAAAGGCGGAUUUCGUUGAAAAAAAAGAUUAUGGUGAUUUGGUGGAAAAAGAUAGUUCGCAGCAGCUUAUUGAGAGUAUGUAUAAUGAUUUGCUUGAGUAG